UCGGGUUCUCGUUAACCCAGUGCAUUCACAGCCCAGACCGCCCCUGGGUUGGCUUUCCCAAUUUAGGGGGUGCUGUGGUAACUUGUCUAGGCAAUAUCUGAUCCAGUUAGCUCAUCAGUUCCCGCAAUCCAGAAGCGCAUCCACGAGUCAACAACACCAAUAGAAGAGCCUAACGGAUCAGAGCAAGCAACACAGCCCUGACUUGCCCUGCCCUGACCUGCGAUGGCUGGUCGUGUGACUUCCGCGGUGUGGCAAAUAUGUCUGGAAUGAUCGGUGAUCGAACGGGAGACUUGUCGUAUGCUGGCGAGGACUAGAUUUGCUCGAGCCUGGCCGUGCCCGCCGUCGAAGCUGUUGCGAUAAGCCUUUGGCGAAGUGAUCUCUAGGCACAGUUAGUGUCGACAUUCUGACGUCUGCGCGGUGUAAUGUGCGGCCUAGGUACGAAAGUUGAGCAUUUGAGUUUCUCCAGUGAUCGGUUUUCAGAGACAGGAGUCGUCGCAAUUGUCCGAAAAUGUCCGAAAUGUCGUUGCAUCAGGAAGCGGAAGUAAUCUCAGGGGGAUGGAUUCGAAAAUCGAAAAUCGAACGACGAAGAUCUUCUACCGGCGGCAGACGAGAAAGAAGUCGAAUGUCGAAAAGAAGAACCCGUUCCUCGGUCCCAUUAAACAACGGAGGAGUUUUAUGCAUCCCGGCUUGUGAAGUGGUUGGAUACGUAUACUGUGCGAGAGUCAGAGAUUCAAGAACCAACUCACACGAUCGGCCAGUCAGUCUGACUUGGCACU